GAUCUGGCCGGCGGGGCCGCUGUCAGCUCGCCGCCCGGCCCACUCGUCUGCUGCCCUCCGACCGCCAUGGAGCCCCGGCUGGCCACACUGCUGCUGACCGGGCUGGUGUUGAUCUCAUCCACCAGCGCUCAGGACAGUUUCUUCCCCGACGACGACUUUUUCAGCGACCGCUUUCCAGGCCGGGGCCGGGGCCGACCUUCCAGGGGCGGUGGGGAACAGUCAGGCCGACCGCGGACCACCAGCGAUGCCGACAUCCUUUUUUGACCGUGAGUUCGAGCGGCUGGGUGCCGGCGGUGACAGCGACGUUUCCGGGGUCCGGACCAACUUCCAGCGUCCGGGCGAGGCCGUCCAGAGUGCGGCCACCGACGGCCAGAGACAGUUCCAGGUCCGGCUGGUCGGCGGCUCCAACUCCAGAGAAGGAAAUGUGGAGGUGCUGAUUUAUGACUGGAGCGAGCGAAUAGCCGGCUGGAGGUCGGUGUGUGACAUCGGCUGGACCCAGGCUCACGCUGAGGCCGCCUGCAGACAGCUCGGCUUCCCAGGACCCGCCGUCGCAACCAGAAAUGGACGUUUCGGAUACCGCAGCUCUGGAUUCGGCACCAUGGUCAGCAACUGUCAGGUGGGCGCCGGCGGCCGCGGCCUGCGCGACUGCAUGCAACGCGGCGUCGGAUCCACAGUCGGCUGCCGCUCCAACAACGUGGCAGGCGUCAUCUGCGGCUCCGACCCAUCCUCGCCCUACAGCGGGGUGAGUACAUCACCUGGCGCGCACGGUGCACGGGUGCUGCAGGAUCGCACUCGUGGGGAGGAAGGCACUCGACCGCUGCCAUCCGGCACACCAUUUUGGCCGCGCGGAAAGGUCACAGUUCCGCCCUGCAUCGAGGUCGGCCUGGUGACCUUUGUCAGCCGCGCCGAGUGAUGCGACAGGUCUGGUGCCGCUGCUGAAAGUGCUGCUAUUCGGUGUGUUGGUGUAUACUGAACUGCACUGAAUACCUAAAUGUAUUCAAUUUUUAACCCUUGCCGUGCUAGGGGGGGGGGGGAGGAGACGGGGCGUUUUUACGUCCCCCUUAGGCUUUCGCGAAAAAUGACCAAAGCGUAAUUAUUUUUGACGCUCUUUCGAUUGCCACUUACCGCGUGUCACUACGUGGCCCAGGAGCCGAGUUAGACGGGGGGGGGGGAAGGCAUGAAAACGCUCCCCCCCCUAGCACGACACGGAAAACACAGGCCAUUAGCACGGCGCGGGUUAAGGAAGAGAGAAAGGCAGGUAAUGAAAAAAGAAAGUAAAGAGAGAAAGAAAGGAAGCAAGAAGAAGAGAGAGAGAGAGAGAGAGAGAGAGAGAGAAAA